AAUAAAUAAAUAUUGAAAUAAAAGCAUUUUAAUGACACUUUUAAUUAUUUAUUUAAUUGUGUAUUUAUUUAUUGAAUUUUUGCACUCCCUGUCCUCCAUAAAGAAUUGCAUGUCGUUUAUAAAAAUUUAACGUCAUUUGUAGGAGUCAGAGAUUUGUUGAUGCACUGAAAAGCUGGACCAACAAAUCACGCCCCUGGCAUAAAAAAAAAAAAAAAAAAAAAAAAACUUGCGCCGUCUGGGGAGCAAGCAGCCAGGAUCAAACGGUAUUUCAACAUGCCAAAAAGACAGUUGCAUUUACUGUCUUUUUCAAAAAGACGGAAGAUGGUUCAAAACGAGUCAGAAAAGCAACAACCGGCGAUUAGGGCAGCUGCAGCGAUCAUGCUAACUGGCAGGACCGGGUGCAGCAAGAGACGAGCGCAGCAGCAGCUAGCCAGGUUCACGGACUGCCAGCCAAGCAGGGGCAGGAGGCUGCUACCGUGGCAGCAACUGGUCAGGUUUUCGCGCCACCCGGAGUGGGGGCCAGCUAUAGGCCAAUACCCUAAUGGGAAAUUCGGGUUUGGGCGGCAUAAUUUGUAAAGUGGUGGGAACUUUGGGGCCAGAGAAGACGGGGGGAUGGAACUCGCAAAAGAAUGGGUUUGUGAAAUUUAUUGUAAUCUCUUGAUUUAAAAAAAAUUUUUUUUGGGGAUGUUUUACAAGUUGGACUGUACGUUACUGUAAUCCCACCUGUGGUCAUGUGAGCGAUUGCCCAUGCUGUGCAGAGUAUAGCCUAAAUAAUUGUAAAUUGUUGUCAUUACAUUUAUACCAUAGAUAAUAUCUGAAAUUGAGGCUUGUAAGUCCCACAGCAUGGCAAGUGGGCAUUUGCGUGUUGUUUUCAGCACCAUUUUCUGCAUAUGUUCCGGGGACUGUGCCCGUCUCGUCAUCCCUGCGCUGUCAUAUGUUCAUUCUGGCAGCUUAUGAUUUACAAAUUAAGCACUGUAUGAGGGCAAAUAUAUGCAGACUAGUACAGAUCGUAUCUGCCUAUCAUUAAUUGAUGUCUCAAGUUGAGCCCUGUGUGUCUCUCUCGAUGGCCGCCUUGUAAACAUGUUGCAAUGGUCCAUGAGCUGAUAUUGAUACCCUCAAAGGUGUUUAGCCCGGUUUCUCUUGUGUUUUGUGUGCUAAUAACUCUUUCAUCAGUGGGACCGUGUGUCAGCUGUUGACUACAGUAUAUUUGGACAGAAACAAACAGACUGGAGUAAAAAUGUAAUAAAACAGCAUUGGCUGAUGAUAUAGCGUAGAUGUGAAAAGUAAAACGUGCUACGGGACAAAGAAAAAGAGGGCUACAAAAAAGGAAGGGGGUGGGCAGCACAAUGAAACCUAAGCCUUGUGGACCCCAUUCUCCCUACCUAGGGGCAUUCUGUGGCUGGCAAAAAAAAUGCACUGUAUAUUUGAGGUUUUAGCUCACGUGACAGAGGCAGGGUUUGUGAAUCAAAGCGCACUAUGACUUCAAGCGUGAGAGGGAGAGAGAGGGAAGGGAAAAGGAGAGGGAGGCGGAAUGCAACAGGCUAAAGUCAGUCGUCGCAGUGAGAAACUUUACAACUUUGACUUCAAGCUCUUCUCAUUUCUCUUCUGAGUUAUAGCUAGUCUUGUAAAGUACAAAAACAAAGAAAAAAAGGCAGACAUCUCAACAGACAUCUGGCUGUGAUUGUGAGGCCAUCAGCAUCACCUGUGCCUUUCCUGCAUUCAUUCCAACCAGGGAAGUGCCAACAAUUUGAGGGACUGAAUGGCACCGGUCCCCUUGAGAUUCACCUGCGACCUCUGACCGUCAAGAAGACGUAAAGAAAAAAUCACCACACUCGGACAGGCGGCGUUCCAGGUUACCAUGGCAACCAACAGGGAGCAUCAAUUGCGUCACAUGGCCGGCUUCCCUCGCACCAUGUACCCUUUCCCCUUUAACGCCAUGAGAAGCCAUUCCCCGUUCGACCUGCUGGCCAGCAGCAACCUUUUUGGUCGCUUUGGGGCAGACCUUCCCAAAGAGAUGGCAGCAUUGUCCGUGGAGACACAGAGCACCAGUUCAGAGGAGAUGGUGCCCAGUUCACCUUCCCCGCCGCCACCACCUCGCAUCUACAAGCCCUGUUUCGUGUGCCAGGACAAGUCGUCUGGAUACCACUAUGGUGUCAGCUCCUGUGAGGGCUGCAAGGGUUUUUUCCGACGCAGCAUUCAAAAGAACAUGGUGUACACAUGCCACCGAGACAAGAACUGCCAGAUCAACAAAGUGACCCGCAACCGCUGCCAGUACUGUCGGCUGCAGAAGUGCUUCGAGGUGGGCAUGUCCAAAGAAGCGGUGCGAAACGACAGGAACAAGAAGAAGAAGGACGUGAAGGAGGAGGCGUCGCUGCCCGAGAACUACGAGCUUAGCGGUGAGCUCGAGGAGUUGGUCAGCAAAGUCAGUAAAGCUCACCAGGAGACUUUUCCGUCACUGUGCCAGCUGGGCAAAUACACCACAAACUCCAGCUCUGACCACAGAGUACAGCUAGACUUGGGCUUAUGGGACAAGUUCAGCGAGUUGUCCACGAAGUGCAUCAUUAAGAUUGUGGAGUUUGCCAAGCGACUACCAGGCUUUACUACGUUAACAAUCGCCGACCAGAUCACCCUCCUCAAAUCUGCUUGUCUGGACAUUUUGAUGCUGAGGAUAUGCACGCGCUACACUCCUGAGCAAGACACCAUGACCUUCUCUGAUGGCCUGACCCUCAACAGAACACAGAUGCAUAACGCUGGCUUCGGCCCACUCACCGAUCUGGUGUUCGCCUUCGCCGGGCAACUUCUGCCCUUGGAGAUGGACGACACAGAGACGGGACUCCUCAGUGCCAUCUGCCUCAUUUGCGGAGACCGCAUGGACCUGGAGGAACCUGGAAAGGUGGACAAGCUGCAAGAGCCUCUGCUGGAGGCUCUGAAGAUUUACACACGCCGCCGACGCCCCAACAAACCUCACAUGUUCCCCCGCAUGCUGAUGAAAGUCACUGACCUGCGAGGAAUUAGCACCAAAGGUGCAGAGAGAGCUAUCACACUAAAAAUGGAGAUCCCCGGCCCCAUGCCACCGCUCAUCAGGGAGAUGCUGGAAAACCCGGAUGCCUUCGAAGACAGCGGAGACUCGACAGAAACCCAUACACCUGCCGCUGCGCCUCCUCCGCCACCACCUGCCAUUCAGGCCAUCAAGCAGGAGGAGAAGUCCACGUACGAAUCGGCAGCCGAGGAAGAAGAAGAGGAUGAGGACGAUGACUAUUGGGACGAGGACAAAGAGCGACUGGCAGACAGUGACUCCGAGCCGUGGUCAGAGGUGGCAGCGGCCAGCACGCACAAGAAAAACGGGACAUCGCAGUAGGAGGCUUCAACACCUGGCAUCCUCAUCCUCUCACCAUCAGGCUCUUAUAAAAGAAUUGCUAAGUUUACAGGGAGUGAAGGACGAAGCAAAAGCACUCAACAAGUGACUCGUUGUGGUCCGCAGUGACAGGAGGGAGGCGGGGAAUGUCCCCCUCCUCAGGAAAAGGGCUACGCUUGUAUAGAAAACAUCUCUUUUUUUUUUUGUUACAAGAAAUGCUACUUAUAAUUUCUUAUUGUAUGAUGUAUUGUUUAAGCUCUUCGUCCAUUUUCUUUGUUUGUGUGUGUGUGUUUUUGCGCGCAAGUGACGCAUCGUGAGAGCAGGGCUCUAACUUCCAGUGGUCUUCCAGGUGGACAAUAUCUUCGAAGAACAAGCAAUAAUUACUUUUAUGCCAUGAAUAGGUUGAGGAAUGGCAACUUAUUCCCAGUCAUACGAUUCCUCAGAGUGAUGACGACACACCCUAUAGGUAUAUGUUGGUAUUUUGGCAUCAAGGCAAAAGUACUCUAAAAUUCUGCUAUAUUUCAAAUAGGGCUGUCAAAUUUAUCGCGUUAAAUGGCGGUAAUUAAUUUUUCUAAUUCAUCACGUUAAAACAUUUAAGGCAUGCGCGGAACGACCCACUAACGCAUUGCCGCAAACAGACUACAACAGCACCGUUUUACAUAUAUUGAGAGCGAAGUGGCAGAGACAAGCGAGUGGAGUGGACACAGGCAUUCAUUGAGGCCGUGCGUUUUAUUAGGAAAAGCUUUGGCAUCUCUUCCACAACAAUUAUAUCUAUUGUGGCGAACGACAUGGGGAAGAAUGACAGGAGAUGAUCAUCUUAACACCACGUCUUGAACACAACGCAGAGAAGAUAUACCAUUUGCAGCCACCACUGACAGUCAUGGUUGCCCAACUUCCCAUCAUGCAUUUGGGCAAACUCUAUUCAAACAUUUCGUUUAGCUCAACAAAUACACUAGAUGGCAAUAUUUAGUCACAAUAUACAAACUCACAUUUAUCUUUUAAGAAUUGCAAGUCUUUCUAUUCGUGGAUCCAUUUCACAGAAAGAAUGUUAAUAAUGUUAAUGCCAUCUUGUGGAUUUAUUGUUAUAAUAAACAAAUACAGUACUUAUGUACAGUAUGUUGAAUGUAUAUAUCCGUCUUGUCUUAUCUUUCCAUUCCAAUAAUAAUUUACAGAAAAAUAUGGCAUAUUUUAGAGAUGGUUUGAAUUGCGAUUAAUUACGAUUAAUUAAUUUCUAAACUGUGAUUAACUUGAUUAGAAAUUUUAAUCGUUUGACAGCCCUAAUUUCAAAUCAAAAACUAGGUCUCCUGCUUGGUUGGUAACUAUUUUUCAGUAAGGGAGGAGAGACUAAAUUGACAGAAGCAAGCAUAGACCAAUAUAAAAGAGGAGUAACCUGAUUUGUGGUGAAAGGUGUUUGCCUCCGAAUUUCAAUGGGUUCAUUUGCUGCAUAUUUGCAAUUUAUCUGCUCAGGUGGGAUCUAGCCUUGUCCACGUUGCAUAUCAUUUUUACCUAUGUCAAAGGUUUGACAAGCACUAUUUAGGAUAUUAAAGAGUUAAAACAAAUACAUCUGUUAGUAUUACUAUAUUAUUUCAUUUCCUGCCUAGUGAGGAUUCAUAAAGAAUCUGAUCAAUAAGCAGUACCGAUAUUGGAAGGGUUGUCACUAAAUUCAGUUCCCACUCUAAUUGGGAGCUGAAAACAAUUACAAUGACCCCAACUCAAAUACGAAACUGUUGAGCAUCUUUGUCAAUGUCCUGGAUAUCCAUUUAAGAUUAAUGUACUAACCAGUGAGACAACUUUUGCUAGAUGAGCUGUAUAUUAAGGAUGCUCAAAAGCCUUUCUGUAAUGUUAAAACUCAGGCAAUAGGCAUGCACAAGAUAUAAAUGGCUCAGAAUAACAUAAGAAAGAUGACGCAGUGAAGCCAUGAACAUGGCCCAGCAGCCAUUAUGACCUUUUUACUGUACAUAGAACAAAUCCUCAGGUGUGUGUGUUUGUUUUUUGUUUUUUUUUAAUAUUAAUUGCAUAAUCUGUCUUUAACCCUGUAAACAUCUACAGUCAACUUCCGAUCAUUUUAAAAGGCCCUUUAUUGUUCUACAGCUAACAAACAUACACGUAAGAUGCGGUCGUUUUCCUGAUGCCAAAUAUUAAUUUCUGAUCACAUCAUUUUCACAGUUGUAACUGUGAUGUUCAAAUGUAGAACCUGAAUGUAACAGAAGGUAAUUUAAGGAGUAAAUAAGAAUUAUCUAAGGAGGCUUGAGAUGAAUGUUGAUUCACUUGAAUGUCACAAGACCAAGAUCAGUCAAAUGCUUCUGCACUGUUAAAUGUCAUCCAGUUGUACACAGCAUUUUGCAUGAGGAGAACUGAAUGGAUCUCCAGCACCAGGAUCUUAUUGGGGGGGCAAUAAAGUCUUUUGUUUCUUUUAUGUUCUUCCUGAACUUGAGCCAGUGCAAUAAAACUAAGCUGAAUGCAGGGUUGAUGGGGUACAUCAGUAUGCAAAAAAAAAAAAAAAAAGUAUAAAUUCAGACACAGCAAAAUAACUUUGGCUCAUUCAAAUUCCAUUGUUUUAAUGGAUUGGAUACAUUUGUGUUGUUUUAUGUAAUGGAGAAUAUUUAAUGAUGACUCUUGAAGUCCGAAACAUCUCAUUGUCUCUCUAACCUCCAUCAUCUCGAUUUUGAGACAUUUGAAUAUCUCAUGAACGGGCUCAUCUGUUGUUUUCUCUGUUUGUAUUAAAUCAUGUAGUUUGCUUCUUAUUUUGGAAUGAUUUUCAUAAACGGCUGUCCAUGUUUUCACACCUCUCGGUGUUGAGUUGUAUUUAUUUCUGUCAUCAUUUUCAGAUACCUUAGUGAGCAUG